UACAAAGCGAACGAAUCCAAACAUUUAUUUUUCACAUUUACUCACCUACUAAAUGUAACAUAUCAAAUCAAUGCUCUUCGAACUUGAUUACGCAUCCGCACGUAUCAGCGCCUACGAUUCUAACGAUGGCUCCCGCGAAUUUGGGCGCAGUGCCCUUGGAGGUCCUCAUCGAGAUUACAUCAUAUCUUGAUACGCCGAGCUAUUGUGCCCUUCGCCUGACCUGCAAAGGGAUUGAAGCCGCGGUAUUCAGAACAUUUGCCCAAAAGUACUUCCGAAAGAUCAGGUUCAUGCGCACCGAAUUCAGUCUCCAAGCCCUCGUCGAUAUAUCGAAGUCUCGCCUUUCGACUUACCUUCAACACGUGAUUAUCUCGACGCGGCUUCUUUGCCCUAAGCGUAGCUUUAGCAUAAAGCGACCCCCUAUGGAUGAGAGGGAUAACGGACUAGUCAAAUUUAACCAGCUAUGCUCCGAUCAACUAGCACUUCUAGAGACCAGCUACUAUCAGGAGAUGCUCGUCGAGGCAUUCCGCAAUCUCAAUCUCCAGGUAGUCGAGGUCAGCGAACAUACGCUUACCUUUUUUCCAAGCCGUAUUCCUGUCGCCUAUGGAGUGUCUCAUAUUUUAAGAGAGACUUCGGUCGACGUCAAACUUGAUGAUAUUAGUAACCACUCCUUCCACCGGAAACUAAACACGAGUUGCGUACAGAACGUCCUAUUUGCGUUAGGGAAAGCCGGUUCAAGGCCGAAAAGAUUCGAAAUUGAAAUAUACCAUAACAAAUUCGACGACGACACCCUUAAUAUCCCCAACUUCAUGAGCAAGGCCGUCUCACCGGUCUUAUCGAGUCUUGAAGCUAUAGAAAUCCGCGUUGGUCCUAAGACCAUGGUAUCGAUCCCUAGCGGGCUGGUGGAGACCAUAUCGGACAAGCUCGACACGUAUUACCUACGUAAAUUUCUCUCGCAGUCCAACCAAAUCAAGCACUUGCGCCUUGAGCAAAUACGACAUUUCGACGGGUUCUUCAAGUGGCUAACGGCUCCACGAUUGAACGAGAGCUGUGGCAGGUUUCUCGGACCCGAACCAGCUCAACCUCCGAUAUUCGCAAACCUCCACGAGCUAGAGCUCGGCUGGUUCGAGGUCAAUUUCCAUGACAUCUUGGUCGUUCUGAAGAGAUUCUCCACAACUUUGCAGAAGUUGACCCUUCAUGACAUGACACUUAUCUUACCUGACCCCUCUAAAACCGAGUUUGAAGAGUGGCCCAAAGCUAUCGCCUCCUUGGCCCGAAAUGGCCGUUGCCUUCAGAAGAUACACCUUCACAGGAUAGCUAUAGGAGCAGGACGCGCACGCAGAGUAAUGGUAUUCGACGAUGCGGACGAUUUUUCCUACGCCGGCCCCAACAUGGAAAAGGCCAUAGGAAGCAUGGUUGACAUGUUACCAGAGGAUGAUGGACAUGCAUUCGGUGACUUAAGCGAGGAUGACGAUGAAGAACUUGAUGCAAGCGAUGAUGACGACCUAGCAGACUUUGAAGAAUAUCUAGAUUAUGUCGAUGAGUACGACGACCUCAUUGACGGACUAGAUGAGAGCCUUGCAGAGGACUUUAUGUACCAAACCAUCUACGGCAUAUAAUCGUAAAUCUCAUGUCCAGAUCUUGGGAAGAUAAUGUUCCAAGAUUAUCGAGAUAUCCGGAUGGUAGGCGAAUGGCGAGAUAUAAGGUUUCUGUAUGUUUAUGUCGUAAAAAUGGGUGUUGCUUCUCCAAUGCUGUCUGCUAUCAAUGAUCUUGCAGAUGUGGUAGGCCAAGGACUUAGCCAAGGAAGUAUUGGGCGUCUGGCACGCGAUCGCUAUUCCAAGAGGAAAUAAUUGAGGGAAACGGCAAAGUAAAAGCAGGCUAGGUAGGGUAUGAUUAGAGGAAACGGGAACUAAGAGGGUAGAUAAAAUGGGUUUAGGUGCGAUUCCUUUUCUACAGACCCCUCAAUUACGAAAGCUUCAUCUACCCAGGUAGCUAUGCGAUGGAGGUGUAUGUUUUGGACCUCUAAUAAUCGAUCACGAAUAGUAUCUUACGAAAGAUGAUAUGAUUUGUGACAAAUGACUUGAAUAUUGAAUCCAU